UACAUCGUAGCAGAAGACAAGAAACAGAGGAAGAAGAAGAAGAAGAAGAAGGAGACCGACGAGUGCGAAAGCAAGGAGAAGGCGGAGACGAAGGGGAAAAAGGUCAUAGAAUAAGAGAAGAAGAAGAAGGGAGGAGAACUACAAAACAAAGUGAGAAACGGUGGGAAAAAAAGGAAACGAGUUCGCGUGUAAGAAAUAAAAGACGGAAGGUACAGAAGCGAACACUGUAGUAGAGAGACCGACAGGAGAAGAAAAAAACUGACUAAAAUCCGCACAGAGGCUGAAAAGAAGGAAUUCCCAGACGCCAAAGGAAGCCCCAGAAGGAGACACGAGAACCGAAGAGAACCCCCGAGAUGGCGACAUUCCCCGAGAAGGUGAACAACGCCCUCGAGAAAGCCGGCCUGCAGCCUGUCUCGGUGAAGAGCGUGAUGGGCUUCUACAUGCCCCUCAAAGGCUCCUUGGCCUACGUGAUGCUCAGCACUCAGAUGUUCACGCCAGAACUCUACGAGAACUUUAGGUUCAUAAAAAAAAACCACUAUUUCUCUGAGUUUUGGGUACCAAGCUCCACAAUCACAGCUGUUAUGCUCACAACUAAACUAAAGAUAGCAGUGUCUAAACAAAGUCCCCAGUGCCAUGUCAUAAAAUUUGUUCAACAAUCAAAGUUACUGCGACUGGACUGGGUAUACCCUUCAGCUAUCAAGUUGUUUUUGUACUAUAACCACAUGACCACAUCAGCCCUAUGCAGAACAGAAUUAUUUACUCUUACUUCUAAUCAUUUGUUUUUAUUGUUCCCUUUUCUAAUUCAUCUUGCUUCUGCUUCUCCAAAGGACAAAGUGAUAUUUUGUGCCUUUGGCUCUGUGAUGUUUAACCUGGGAUCGAUGCUGCUAUGGGCCCUAGGUCGCACUGUUGCCCCAGAGAGCCCUGCACUGCGCACAGUCAUUGGCACUGCUGGAGCAGUUGGGGCUCUUUAUCUGGGCAAAAGAUAUGUAGACUUUGUAGAUUCUAAGGAGAAGGCCAGCUAAGUAAACUCUGGUUGUCACAUCCACCAUAAGUUGUAUAUCAGGCAGACUGUGAAACCAUGUAAAGGAUAACUUUAAAUUGUCUGGUUAUCUGAAUAUUAGGCUGUGCUUAUAUUAUAAUUGUUGCUUUUGUAAUGCAGUAUUAUAUAUGAGGUGACUGCAAUAUAUUUCUUGUGAAACUCCAUGCACAAUUCUACUCUUUAUGUUAGGUCACUUGUAGUCUUCUAUUUUGUACUUGCUGAAGAAUGAAUAAUUACUUGAGUAAAUGUGAAAUAUACCAUGGCAAUUGUUGAUAUUGUUAGGUGGAUAUAUUAAUUGUAGUUGGAAUAGCCAGAUUUGAAACCAUUUUUUACUAUGUUUUCUUUGAGACUUAUAAGUCAUGUUGUGAAUCAGGCAUAGGUUAGUGGAUAUUGCAUACAUAAUUGGCAAAAGUGGGUGGUAAAAUCAUAGCCAGCGUUUAGAAAGGACUUCAGUAUUGCAAACUGAUACAGGAUAUUUAUGAGUGCAAUGGAUGAUUUCAUUGAGUUGAAAUUUCAGGACAAUCACAAAUUUCCUCAUUUGCAUAGGCUAGUCCAUCUUGAACAGCUUAUCAGUGAGCAAGGUAGAUAUUUGGAAAGAAACUGAAGAGCACAAAAGUAGCAUGUCUUCCACCAGUAUUGAAGACUUACAAGUGAUUAAUAAGCUGUGAGAAAAUGAAUGUGUAAGUUCUUCAAUGAAGUUAUAAAUAAGAGAUAGGAACUACCGAAAGUAUUUAAGGCCUUUUUUACAUACUUGUAGAUUUGAAAGAAUACUGUUAAACAGCAUCUGAAGUUCGGUUUGUAAACAAGCAUUAAAUAAAAUUCAAGGUUUAAAAAUUGUUUUAAUGAUGGGAUCAUAUACUGGGAAUAUGACUGAUCAUGUAUUUUUCAUAAUACUGAAUCAAAAUAACAGAUUUGUUACCUAUAGUGAUGUUGAUUUUCCAGUAUGAAAAUAGUUAUAGGUUCAGGCAAAGUUCAUAACUGGUUAUUAUGGAUUGAAGCUCCUUUAUAAUUAUAGUCUUUGUAACAGAAAACAACCUCACUACUUAAUUACUGUGCAUCAAUCAUCUUCAGUUACUCUCAAGCAUUAUGGUGUUGUAAAUGAAAAGUGUAUUAUGCUGUAUAUAAUAAAGCUUUAUUUAUAGACAA